UAGAAUACAACACUCAAAUUCCAUACAAACCCUCUCUCUCUAGAAAUCAAUGGAGUCGAGCUUAUCUUUGGCUCCGCAAGCAAUUUCAUUAAUCACAUGCUCUCCUGUUUUUUCGCCUCUCUCUUCUCGAGCCGUCGGACUCCUCCGCAGCGAGUUCAUCGGAAACGGACGCAAUAUCCGGUUGCCGCGGCGGAGAUGCAGGAAAUUAUGGCCGAAAUCCGAGCCUGGUUGCGGUAAGUUUCUCUUCAGAGCGUCGCUCGACUCGCAGUCGAUUGUCGUCGUGGCCACGGCGGUCGCAACCGUCUCUGCUGCAGCUGUUGUGUAUCUCGCUUAUAAAAGGGAAAAAGCUCGAUAUCAAUCAAUGUCAGGACGGCUAACCCUAGCUCUAUCAGAGCAGAAAAAAUUUUGUGACCGCCUGGAUUCUCACAGAUGCAAAGCACCUACGUUUGGGGAAGAAGAAUCCACUGACAUAAAUCAAUAUUCUAAGAAGGAAACUAGAGAAAAUAAUGGCGCUGACAUCAAUUUUGGAGAAGCUAAUGUGAUUCCUGGAGGUGCUCUCGUUGUAGAGGCACCAGAAGAAGCUGCACCGGUUCGGACUUCUUUGGAGAAGUUGGAUAAUUUGGAAGAGUUGCCGUCUUGCGCUACCCUUCAAAGUUUCAGCUGCUAUUCAUCCCUUCGUAACAUGGGUGGGGGAUCAGAGAAGCUUGAAGAGGAAAGGCCUACGAGAUAUUAUGGUCAGGUCUUUCUCUACAAGAAGGACUCAAGAAACCAGAGGAGAUCAAGGAAAACGGAAAAACAGAUUUCGCAUACAGAUGGAACCAAACACUUGCCUCCCUCUUUUGAUCCCGAGCAGAAACAUGAAAACAACAAUCAUACCUUGUGGCAAUUACGUGUUUACGAGCAACUCCUGAGGGAUUGCAGGUUAAAUGAAUGCAUUGAGUUGCUUGAAGAUAUGGGAAAUGGUUCAUUUGAUAUGGAUAAGAUUUACCACUCCAGAUUUUUUGAUGUCUGCAAACGCCAGAAGGCAGUCAAGGUGGUUUCGUUUACCAGGCUUAUACGAAAUCCCACUCUGAGCACAUUUAAUAUGCUUAUGUCUGUUUGUGCAAGCUCUCAAGAUUCAGAAGGUGCCUUUCAGAUUCUACAACUUGUUCAGGAAGCUGCAUUAAAUGCUGACUGCAAACUAUACACAACGUUAAUAUCGACUUGUGCUAAAAGUGGUAAAGUGGAUACGAUGUUCAAGGUUUUCCAUGAAAUGGUAAAUGGUGGAGUUGAACCAAAUCUUCACACAUAUGGUGCACUCAUUGAUGGUUGCGCAAAAGCAGGGCAAGUUGCUAAGGCGUUCGGGGCCUACGGAAUACUCAGAUCAAAGAAUGUAAAGCCAGACCGAGUAGUUUUCAAUGCGCUUAUCACUGCAUGUGGUCAAUCAGGAGCAGUUGACCGUGCAUUUGGCGUGUUAGCUGAAAUGAGAGCAGAGUUACAACCAAUAGACCCUGAUCAUGUCACUGUAGGUGCUCUGAUGAAGGCAUGUGCUAGUGCUGGACAGAUUGAUCGAGCCAGAGAGGUGUACAAUAUGAUUCAUCAGUAUGAUAUCCGUGGCACUGCUGAGCUUUACACUAUUGCUGUGAAUAGCUGCAGUCAUCGUGGUGAUUGGGAGUUUGCUUGUAGUGUAUAUGACGACAUGAUCCGGAAAGGUGUCGCUCCUGAUGAGAUGUUUAUCAGCGCAUUGAUAGAUGUAGCAGGGCAUGCUGGGAAAGUGGAUGCUGCAUUUGAAAUUCUACAAGAAGCUAGGGCUAAGGGAAUGCAUGUUGGGAUCAUAUCAUAUAGCUCCUUGAUGGGAGCAUGCAGCAAAGCUAGAGAUUCAAAGGCGCUGGAACUGUAUGAGGACAUUAAGAGGUCUACUCUGAAACCUGGAGUGUCACUAAUGAAUGCUUUGAUAACUGCUUUGUGUGAUGCAGAUCAACUGCAAAAGGCCUUGGAAAUCUUAUCUGAGAUGAAGAGCACUGGUGUAUGCCCAAACAUCAUAACUUACUCUGUUCUUUUAGUGGCAAGUGAAAAGAUGACCCUAGAAGCUGGCCUCAAGCUUUUUUCUCAAGCAAAACAGGAUUCUGUUGCUCUAAACCUUGUAAUGUGCCGAUGUCUCAUAGCUAUGUGCCUACAGUUCCAAGCCGAUUGCUCAGCUGGCGAGCCUGUUCUAUCUUUCACCUCAGUUCAGCUUAAUAGUAAAUGGACAUCCUUGGCCCUAAUGGUGUAUAGGGAAACAAUUGUAGCUGGUGUAGCACCUAGGAUGGAUGAACUUUCACUUGUUUUGGGUUGCCUUAAGUUGCCUCAUGAUAUAUCUGUGCGAAAUAGACUCAUUGAGAAUCUUGGAUAUAAUAGUGGCCCAUCAAAAGGUGCAAACUUGUGUUCCUUGAUUAAUGGCUUUGGGGAAUAUGAUCCUCGCGCUUUUUCUUUGGUUGAGGAAGCUACUUCUCUUGGAGUUAUACCAUUAACCUCUAUGAAAGACAGCCUCAUAGUUGUUGAUUUGAGAAAUUUUCAGGUUCACACAGCUGCGGUGUACCUCUUACAGUUCAAAAAGGUCUCAAGCACGCUUGGCUGCUGGGUAAGCCAAGAAGUUGCAGCACUAUUGAGGAGACUUGGGCUAUCUAUCAAGGAAACGGAUCUUAUGGAAAGAUCCGCAUAA